AUUCCGGUUAGUUUAAAGGUCGUCUCUCUCUCUGUUAGCAUUCUGCUCUUGCACAAGGACUUUUCCUGUUUUAAGCUUCUUUAAAGACAGACAGACACAAAUAAACAAAUAUAUUUUUUGAUAUUUUGUACCCGAAACUAAAUCUUUAUAUCCGGCUGCUUCCGGUUAGCAGCUCUCCUGUCAACAGAGAGUUGGUCCACGUGGUUUAAAGUUUUAUUUUCCUGUUGAAUUAUGACACCAGGUCAAAUAUUAAUUAUCAUAUGUUGUAAAACAGAGUCUUAGCUGUGUUUUGGUUCACAUGACCAGCAGGAUGAGGGUUUGGAUGUUGAUGAGCAGAGUCUUCAAUCAUCCAUCAGCAGCAGUGCGAUGGCGAUCAGCUCCGCUGCGACUCUUCUGCAGCUCUUCAUCAGGAGAAGAAAAACCUCGACACUCCAUGCUGAGACACCUCACCUCCAAAAUAAAAGCCACAGGUCCAAUAACAGUAGCCGAGUACAUGAGGGAGGUGCUCACCAACCCAGUCACCGGUUAUUAUGUGAGGAACAACAUGUUGGGACCUGACGGAGAUUUCAUCACGUCACCAGAAAUCAGUCAGAUUUUUGGAGAGCUGGUGGGUGUGUGGAUCCUCAGUGAGUGGAUGGGAGCCGGUCGACCCCAACAGCUGCAGCUGGUGGAGCUGGGACCUGGGAGAGGCUCUCUGGCCAGCGACGUCCUCAGAGUGUUGGACCAGCUGAGGUCCGUUCUGGGCGGAGCCUCGGUGUCGCUCCACCUGGUGGAGGUGAGUCCAGCUCUGAGCCUCAUCCAGGCCCAGACUCUGACAGGGAGCAGCAGCCAGGAGGAGACCAGGGAGGAGGAGACCAGCCAGGAGGAGAGCAGGGAGGAGGAGACCAGCCAGGAGGAGGAGGAGGGGGUCUACCGGCGUGGGGUAACUGCUGGAGGGCUGCCGGUGUCCUGGUACCACCGACUAGAGGACGUCCCCAAAGGUUUCAGCAUCUUUCUCGCUCACGAGUUCUUUGACGCUCUGCCGAUCCAUAAAUUUCAGAGGACUCCUAAAGGCUGGAGGGAGGUGAUGGUGGACAUCCACCCCAACAAACAGGACCAGCUGAGGUUCGUCCUGCUGCCGUCUCCCACUCUGGCCUCGUCCACGCUCAUACAGGAGGAGGAGCGGCGGCCCCACGUGGAGGUGUGUGCUGAAGGAGGUGUGCUGGUGCAGCUCCUCUCCAGGAGGAUCCAGGAGGACGGCGGCGCGGCGCUGAUCGCCGACUACGGACACGACGGGACGAAGACGGACACGUUCAGAGGGUUCAAAGGUCACCGUCUGCAUGACGUGCUGACCUCUCCGGGCGCCGCUGACCUCACCGCCGACGUGGACUUCAGCUUCCUGCGGCGGAUGGCCGAGGGGGGCGUGGCCUGUCUGGGACCUGUCACUCAAAGGCUUUUCCUCAGAAACAUGGGCAUCGACUCCAGGAUGCAGGUCCUGCUGAGGAGCUGCAGCUCGGCCUCCACCAGGCAGCAGCUGAUCAGCAGCUACGACAUGUUGAUGAGUCCGUCUCAGAUGGGAGAACGUUUCCUCUUCUUCUGCCUCCUGCAGCGCAGCCGCAUCGCCACGCCCGCCGCACCGCGCGGCCUCACGCUGGAGAAGAAGAGCCCGGCGCCACUUCCUGUAGCCGGGUUCACUGAGCUCACCUUCUCAUGAGACAAACUCACCUUCUCAUGAGACAAACUCACCUUCUCAUGAGACAAACUCACCUUCUCAUGAGACAAACUCACCUUCUCAUGAGACAAACUCACCUUCUCAUGAGACAAACUCACCUUCUCAUGAGACAAAUUCACCUUCUCAUGAGACAAACUCACCUUCUCAUGAGACCAUGAAACUCUGAGUGGAGACGUUUAGAGCUGAGACAGACGAUUUAUGAAGAUAUGAUCAUGGGACAGGACAUAAAAAACAACAAACCACGGAGUAUUCAGACAGAAAGAUGAUUGUAUAUCUGUAACAUUUACAUCCAAAGA